AUGCGCGGAGCAGGAUGCACCAUCAAUGAUCUGUGGGACCGCAAAUUGGAUCAAGGCGUCGGUGAGGCGUGUGCAUGUGCUAUGGCUGCAUGUGCUACAGAGUCAUUCCCCCAUCCCAUCAUGCUCACACGUCAUCUCUCGCACGCACAGAACGCACGCGAUCCAGACCCAUCGCUUCGGGUGCCUUGAGCCCCAUCAAUGCGCUCGUCUUUCUAUCUGGUCAGCUCAGUCUUGGACUUGCAGUCUUGCUUCAACUCAACUGGUACUCGUGCGUCUUUUCUCAGAAGCUCAGUCUCAGCUGCCUCAUCACAGCGCACAGCGCACAGCUCACUGGCUUGACCCCCUCCCCCUCCUCCCGCCAACAGAAUCUUCUUCGGUGCCACGUCGCUUGGCCUCGUCAUUGUGUAUCCGCUCAUGAAGCGCAUCACACACUGGCCACAAUUGGUGCUUGGUGAGUCAUCAGGGUGCAUGCCUCUUUGCCUUUUUCGUCGCGUGCUCGGGGCUGAAUGAGUAUCCUUUCUGUGCAGGUCUUGCAUUCAACUGGGGAAGUCUGUUGGGCUACGCAGCGCUAGGUGGUCAUCUGCACCUCGCCAUCGUGCUACCUCUGUACGCAGGGACGGUGUGCUGGACGAUCUUGUACGACACGAUAUACGCUCAUCAGGAUGCCAAGGACGAUCUAGCUACGGGCAUCAAAAGCACAGCACUGUUGUUCGGAGACAAGACCAAGCCGAUUCUAUCCCUCUUUGGCACAUGCUUCGUCGGCAGCACCGCCGUCGCGAUGGGCAAUGCGAGCAGCAGCAGCGGCAGCGGCAGCGGCGCUGCUCAGGUCUUGCCGUCCGCGGCGUCCGCCUCUGAUGUUCUCGCAGCAGCGAAACAAGCCUGGUCCUUGCCAGCACCCUGCACGAUAGUCGAGACACUCAGCACAGCCGUUUCUUCCAUCGACCUGUCAGCACACCCCGCAGGUUGCGCAGCUCUAGGUGCGGUAGCCGCUCAUCUCUACUGGCAAAUCAACACUGUUGACCUAGCAGACCGAGCGGACUGUUGGAGCAAGUUCAGAUCCAAUAG